AUGUCUGGGGCACAGGCCGGAAAUGAGGCCCCGGAAACAAGCAACAAGCGCCGCCGGACCUCCGGGAUGUACCAAAGGAGGCGGGCUGUCGCGGCGUGUGGGCCAUGCCGAGUUCGGAAGACGAAAUGCGACAAUGUCCGGCCCGCCUGCGGCUUCUGCCAACGGAACGGUGGCCACUGCACUUACCCCGAUACUUCGAAUGACUUCUCGACCUUCGACCCUGCAAGCUUGGCAAUACUAGACCGUAUCAACCAUGUUGUCUCUCUUUUGGAAACCGGGCCGCAGCCGCCGAUGGACAAUGUCGGCUCCGCUGUUCCCUUGCCGCAAUCGACAUUGUCGCCGACUUCUAUCAGCGGGCCACAAACCAGUACGAGCCUCGCCCUCGAGGAAGAUCCGACUCAUGCACCAGACAACCUGCCCGAGGAUGAUGCUAUGAUACGUUUCAACAUACCGGAUUCGGCGGCUGCCAGUGCCAACUGUGAAGCGGUUCUUAAAUGGCCAAUCUUCAGGGGCUUGGUCCCCGACGUUGAGUCGUUCAUUCUCGAGGCGGAUGACGACGACCGGGAGUCUUUUGAUCGACCCAGGCCUGUCAACGGUUGCAGUCUUGGACGCGGGGUUCAGGAGGACGACUUCACGGUCCUUUCGAAGAAGUUCUUGGCGUAUGUGCAUGUGAAGAAUCCAAUACUUGAUGUUGCGGACUUCAAAGCCCAAGUGAGAGACGCAGUCGAAAGCGGCCCACGCUGGGAUGGUCCCUCAUGUCUUGUGCUUAUCGCCUGCGCCCUAGCCUGCCUUGCGAGCCCUUUUCAAUCCGAGCUCAACCUCAACGGCACGCCGGAAUCAGUCCGGUCUUCUGCUUCAAACUCCACCGAUCCGGACACAGCGCAGGCUUACUACCUCGCAGCGAAGAAGAGAAUGGGGCUGAUCGAGCCAUCUUUGCUCCAGGUACAAUGCCUGUUCUUCUUUGCGGUAUUCGAGAUGUACACCCUCCAUCCGCUCCAAGCAUGGUUCUACUUCAACCAAGCCUGUGUGCAGUUCAAGAGUCUUCUUUGGCGGCGUAGCCAGAGGCGAAACCCGCACAACAUCUCGCAGAAAACUCGUCGUCUCGAGCAGAGGCUCUACUGGUCCUGCAUGAAAUCUGAGUGUGAGCUUAGAUGCGAAAUCCCAUUACCCUUGAGCGGCAUCACCAGCCUAGGAUACCCGGACCUCUUCCCGUCACCUCCGUCCGAAGUUGCUUCCCCUGCCGCCCAGCCAAGCGCGUUGGAUAUUUUAGAAGACGACAUACACCCCGAGGAAGAGAAGAGCUGGUUCUACUACUUGGCUGAAAUAUCGUCGCGGAGAAUGAUAAACCGUGCGAUAUCCGUAUUCGGCUACAACGGGCAGCAGGCAUGGGUUCAAGACGUGGCAAGGGUGGUGGAGAAAUGCGAGGAGUUUGACGGGCAUAUCAACGUAUGGUGCCUGCAUAUCCCCUCCCAGAUCAACUGGCAGAACCGAGACUUGUCCAACAACGAGCUCGUCCACUUCAUCCAAAACCGAGCUACCAGCUGCCGCGAAUGGAUCCACCGGCCUUUCGUCUAUUACGUGGUCCAUCAGCCGCCGGACGACCCUUGGAUGCCCCGCGUCAUGCCGUUGGCGGAGAAGUGCCUCGAGCUCUCGGUCGAGCUGCUGCUGGACAUUAACCUGCAUCAUCGGCAUCACGGAACGUGGUUCAUGGCCAGAGCGGCAAUGACCCGUGCGCUUCUGGUCUUGGCUGCGGUCAAGAGCGGUCGGUUCAACCAGCUGCCCGAGCGAUGGAAACAAGCGGUCGAAACGGCCACAUUGGCGUUGCAGCGGUGGUAUGGCGAAGCUCCGGACCUGCUUAGGGCUGCGUCUGUGCUCGAGGGGGUCAUCGGUCAAGUUAUCGGGACCGGAGGAUGA